UAUCUUAAUGCUGACUGGUGAAAUUUAAUCUCUAUCUCCUUUCCCCCUCUGCUUCUCUCUCCUAAAGUAAUUUAGACUUAUCUCUACUUCCUUAUCAGUCACUGGGUGUGAUAUUCAACUUUUCUGUGUCUACUAGAGCUUAGUCCUGGUCAUUAAAAAAAAUGUCAGGAUUCUUGGACAAGACAGCCAGAUGUAGGAAUUAUGCUGCAUUUGGCUAUGUGGAGUGUGGUCCAUGCACUGGAAAGAAAAACACAGGAUUUCUCAAGGACAAGAUCUGCUCUAGGCAUGAUAAGCUGCUAGAGGUUUUCUGCUGCUUGGAUCAGCAGUGUAUCUGUGUAAAGUGUUCAUUGGAUGAUCACAAAGGACAUACAAUUGUAUCUGCUUCAGAAGAGAGAACGGAGAAACAGAGCCAGCUGGUUGAGGCAAAGAUGAAAUCACAGCAGAGGAUCAUGGACAGGAAAAGGGAGCUUGGGGAACUGCUGAAAGCUGUGGAGUCUCACAAGCUGUCUGCACAAGUAGCACUGGAGCAGAGUGAGAAGACCUUUUCUGAGAUUAUUUGCUUUAUUGAGAAAAAACGCGCUAAGAUUCAGGACCUAAUUCGAGCUCAGGAGAAGAUUGCAGUAAGCCGAGCCGAAGGCCUCCUGAAACAGCUAGAAGAGGAAAUCUCUGAGCUUCAGAGGCAAGACGAAGAGCUACAGCAGCUCUCUCUAACAGAGGAUCACAUUCACUUUCUGCAGCGUUAUGUAUUUCUCACUGCCACACUUGGAUCUUCUGAUUUACCCAACAUCACUGUUAGCUCUGUCAUCUCCUUUGAGGAAGUAGCAAAGUCUGUAACUGAACUAAAAAAGCAUUUGGAAGAUUUUUGUAAAGCAGGCAUGGAGAAAAUUGAAAACAGAGUGAAGCAAAUUCAAAUCCUUACACCCAUGACCAGAGAGGAGGUCCUGCAGUAUUAUUGUGAGCUAACCAUGGAUCCCAACACUGCAUACAGACGCCUCAGCCUGUCCGAGACCAACCGAGCAGUGUCCAACUAUGACCAGGACCUGCCUUACCCAGAUCAUCCAGAGAGGUUUGACUGGCCCCAAGUGUUGUGUGAGCAGCCUGUGUGUGGACGUUAUUACUGGGAAGUGGAGUGGAGUGGCAGAAAUGGUGUUAACAUUGCUGUCUCAUAUAAAAGCAUCCGUCGAAAGGGUGGCCGCAAUGAGUGCUGGUUUGGCUGCAGUGAUCAGUCGUGGAGGCUGUACUGCUCACCUUUUAGAUAUGCCUUUAGGCAUCAUGGCAAGGAAACAUACAUCCCCAAAAGGAACAACUCCACCAGGAUUGGUGUCUUUGUUGAUUACAAUGCUGGGACACUGUCUUUCUACAGUAUAGCUGAAAAAAUGAUUCUGCUCUACAAAGUGCAGUGUGAGUUCACAGAUCCUUUGUAUCCAGGAUUUACUGUGUGGCCAGGAUCCAAACUGACACUAUGUUGUCCUAUAGAUUUAAAUAUAGAUUUUUAAGGCCAGAUAACAGUUUUCUUAGUCCAGUUCACAGAAGCUAGUUCAUGUUUCUGUUCAUGUUUCUAGCUUACAGCAAUAUGCUAGCUGGCUCAGGUAUGCUGACACAAUGAUUUUAAAAUCACAUUGUGGAGGUAUAUAGAAAGUGCUUACAUGAGAGUACAGUAGAGAAGUUGGAGAAGAAGUACAUUUAUGAUACCUGAGUGCUUUGUUAUCAGCCAUUAUUGGCUUGAUAGUUUUAAAACACUAUUUAAUAACACUAUUUAUAUAACACUGUCAGUACUGUUAUGAAAAAUUAACCAAAUUGUUCUCUUUUACCUUUCCUGACAUGCAAUUUUAACACAUCUGUAUACCAUCUUGUGCUUAUGGCCUUAUAAAAUACCAUUGGCAAUGGCUUUCAUUCUCUUUCUUCUUCUAACCUUGUUCACAACCAGAUUUUUGAGCUAUUUGCAUAACAGCUUGUUACUAUGGUUAGAGAUAUUGAUAACACUGUUCUCUAAAGCUGGUGAAUCAGCUAUAAGUUAAUUAUAUCUUUAUUAUAUCGGUUAUGCCCAUAUAAUACCAUACUUAUAUAAGUGAAUUGUGAAUUAGUCAAUUUUUCAUUAGCUCUUAUGUACUGCAUGGGCUGGAGAGUGUUUCUUACCAUUAUCCCAUAUCAAUGCCAGGUGCCUAAGCAUCUCUUGCUAUGCAAUGGUCAACAACAUCUGGGAUGCCAGCUGUGGUUUAAGUCACUAUUUGCUGACCUACAUGUUGAUUGCUUUCUGUGGAUUAAUGUUCAGCCAUUUUUUAAUUCAUAAAGUCAUUUGGUUGUCUUUUGAGGAAACUCAAAUAACCAUGUAAAACAACUUUUAUUAUGAUGAGAUCACAAGAAAAUUAAGUUGUGACCAAAAGAAAACAUCUUGUUAUAUCAAGAUCACAAGAAAAUUGUUAUGAUCACAAGAAAACAAAAAAAGAAAAAAAUAUAUAACAAUGCAUGGCCGCUUAGGACUUCCGUAGAUUGGAUCUUUCUUUAAAUCACAAAAAUACACUCUGUCUAAAACUAAUAAGACAAUGAGUUCUUUUGGUGAAUAAGUCUUUGGAGUCUUUGAUGAAUAAUUCACAGCCCAACUUGAGAAAAUGAUUCAAAUCAUUUUCCAUUUUCCUGUAGCUGCUGGUAGGAUCUGCACAGUGAGGAUGAAUUUUAGAUCAUUAGUUCUUACAGCUCUAGGAUGUCAGGUCAUAAAAUAACAAAACUUUAUUUUAAAUGUUAAAUUUUUAUUCUUUUUAAACCUUUUGGUUGUUGCUUUAUUUUGAUGUUUUCAUUUUGUUGCAUGAUGAUUCAGUACAUUCUCCUGUCCUGUCCUGUUAGUAAAGAAAUCAUAAACCAUGAUGCCUUCACCAUGUCCUAAAAUUUAUUUGAUCAUUGUAUGGCUCCUAGGGCAAAAUUCAUAUAAACAUACCUCUAUUAGUAUCCAGAUUUCUUUUGUGUUUUAUAGGACAGUGUCUGACUCUAUUUACACAGGUUUUUAGACAAACUGUUUACAUACAUUUUAAAAUCUAAUCUAUAAAUGUUAAAACAUUGUAUAUGCUUUUGUGUGUUAUCAGUUAAUCCAGUGGGAUGAAUUUGUCUAUUAUUAUAACUUUAACUUUAACUUUAACUAAGCUAUAUAAUAAGGUAUGUUUUAAAGGAUGACAAGACUUUUCUUGUAAUUGGGUAGUAGGUAAGCAAGUAAGGAGGGGAUGGUAGAGCAUGGGCUAUCAUUACUUUUGCGAAGAACAUCUGGGAAGGAGGCAGGCAUUUACUGAUAAAUGCACAUACACUCACUGUCCACUUUAUUAGGAAUACCUGUACAUUCAUGCUGUUAUCUCAUUAGCCAAUCAGACUAAUCAAGACACCUUCAAAUAUGAACACACACAGUUCAGUUCAACUCAGCUGUGUGGCUCCCAUCUCUUUUGUAUUUAUCACCUAGCCACAGGUCACUGAAACACAAAACAGCUGUUAGAUAAUCACACACAGGUACAUGCUUACCAUCCUUACUGCUCACACUUCCACUCUCUAUUCACAAAUCAGCUCUUGACCAUGUCAUUGCUGCCACAACUAGGAUUUUGGGUAUUGUAGUAUUUGUAAUGGCAACAUGAAACUUAAAACUAGAGUAGUGUAUUCCUGGAGAAAUUUAGAAUGCUUAAGCAUGGUACUCCUCUUAAUGUUGUAUUACUAUGUGUUACUAGGAUAGCGCUACACAAUUGUUAUUGUAUUCCACAUGAUUGACAGGGUGUUGCAAGGCAGUUGCUAUUAAAAUUCCAGUUAAUUACUGGAAUGUUUCUUCUUCUGAACUGUGAGUGUGAGAGUCUUUUAAAGUCUGAGGUUGAGUGUGUGGCUGAUUGAACACAGGAGUAUUCAAUCAGUAGCUGGAUGGCUGUGAACAUGGAAGUGACUGAGUGUUCUGGGGAGUAUAGUCCAUGCCAUGAAACAGGGCAUGCCAUACUGUGGUGGAAGCUAUUGAUAAAAUGUUGAAAAAAUCUUCUUUUUUUGCAUUUUAUGUUAAAAUAAAUGACUCAUAUGUUAACAAUUAGAAUGUGUUCUACAUGAGUCCAUGUUCUGUCUAUUUUAUUUUAAAAAACAUAAUUUUCAAUCAUAUGUGUAGUCAGCACAAAUAAUCCACUGAAUACCAAGAGUUUUUGUUCAGUGCAAGCUCUGAACACUCACAAAUCCUUUUAUUUGAAGCAAAAAAAAAUGUAGAUACGAUGUUACAAUGUCACAUGUGUGUUGUGGUAAUUUGUGUGGG